GUCCCUGGAGACGAUUUUAAGCAAAGUGGUGCCAGGUCUGGAGUCCCACCUGGUUGAAAUAGACGGAGACGUGCUCUGCCUGUACGGUUCCGGAGCUCUGGAGUCCCUGGAUCGGAAUUGGAGCGUCCAGACGGCGGGGAACAUCGUCACCAUCUCUUUCAUUUUCAUCGACUUCGAUGAAAUCAUCCCGGUGCUCUCGAAACUCAAGAUCAAGUUCCCCAAUUUCCUGCACUUGAAGUUCAAGGAGACCAACCUAGCCACCCUGCAGCAGUUCAACGCCUUGGCUCACCUGCGCCGGCUCGAGCAGCUGACAGUCGAGCCCGAGGGGAACCCCGUGGUCGCCUUCACCUUGUGGAAAUUCUACGUCCUCUUCAGGCUGAACCAUUUUAACCUGCAAAAGAUCAACGGGUCGGAGGUUACCCAGAACGACGUGAUAAUGGCCGAAAGACUCUUUGGGAUCCUGGCCUACGUGGCAUCUUCCAACACGCCCUACUACCGGCUGAUCUCGCUGCUGGGGGAUUGCAGGAAGAAACAGUUAUGCUUCCUUUUGGAGGCCAAAGGAAAGAAAUUUGGGACUGCGAGCGACAAUGGCAACAACCGCCGGAAGCCGGAAGGAGAAAACGGCACCCGAUCCGUCCUGACUUAUAUUUCGGGGGUUUUGCAGACGGAAAAGCAGGAGGCAAGUGGUCUGGAGAGAAUGAGGGCUACGGAGGAGAAGCCAUUCGAGCCGGGUGGCUUCGUUGAGCUGCAAUUGCUCCUCAGCUUUAUCAUCAGUUUUUAAUAUAAUUUCCUUUGCCCGAAAGGGAACCUCUGGCUUCCAGCUAGUGGGGCAA